AUGAAGCAGUUAUUCGGCACUGCGACCCUGACUGCACUUAUUAUCCAGCUCUCAAGUAUGGCUGGCCAUGCAGUGGCUGUCGUAUCAUCUUCGGCGUCAUUAAUAACACAUCCUCUCACCAUUCCUACUGCAUCAAUCACUUCUUCUCAAGCAUCACCUACUGCAUCAAAUUCGUGCCUGGCUUAUCCUUCAACUGGCAUUUGUUCAGCAUACGUAAACUAUUCAGUAUAUAUGAACAAUACAUCAAUCAAGAUAACUGAAAUCAUGCUGGAAGAACUUGUAUAUCUUAAAAAUAACCUCAGCUCUGUAAAUCCACAGUGCGUGGAUGAUAUGUUCCGUUUCCAGUGUAGUCAAAUGUAUGCAAAGUGCGAUACAAGUUCAUCAGGCUUAUCAGAAAUUUUGCCUGCUUGCUUGUCUACCUGCAAUCAAGUGUUACAAACUUGCACGCAGACGUUGGCUUCUCUAGGAUAUUCCGGUUCCUUGCCGAACUGCAGCUCUCCAUCAUUUGUAUCUCGUCUUGCUCCAGCAAGUGACAGCAGCUGUAACAAUUUAACUUCGCAAGUAAACGCAAUCACUUCAAAUGCUAGCGCAACUUCGUUACCUGCCGGAUAUAUAUUACCAGAAUGCCCUGCACCAUUUUUAAAAGAUCCUCUCGCACAAGCUGGUACCAACAACUCUGUCAGCCCAGAUACCUGUUCCAACGGCUGCUGUGUUCCUUGUCCAGUGCAAGAAUACCUAUACCCCGAGGGAUGGAUUGUGAAGGGCUUUUUGGCCACGAAUAUUAUACGGACAAUAUCCACCAUUUGCACAUUCUUCUUAGUCGUCAGCUAUGCCAUUCUACCCGACAAACGAACGCAUCCCUCCCUCCUCAUAUUCGAAUUUCUGAUUGCUUUAUUCUUAUACAGCGGAUCUGUUUUGUUUUCCUUGGGAGAUCCAAAACGUAUACAAUGCUCCACUGAUAUCGUCAAUAGCACUCAAGAGAACAAUUUACUUUGCGCUGCUCAAGGCGCUAUCGUCAUUUACGGCACGUUAUCCAUGGCGCUGUGGGUCAGCGCAUUGAUUGUCAAUUUACAUCUUCACACCGUGUGGAAUUCGAAAUUUCUGGUUAACAAAUACAUAAUACUAAACGUCAUAUGCUGGGGUGGUCCUUUAAUUGUCACAGCCAUAACGUUGGCCUAUCAUCAGGUCAAAUUCGAAUUUGCCAAUCUAUGUUUGGUUUCAGCCGAUUGGAUUCAUCGACUAUUUUUUGAUCCUCUUGCCGCCAUUGUCAUCCCAAGUUGUGUGCUGCACUUGGCAACCUUCUUUCAUAUUGCCAGAAUUUCCAUGAAGGAGAGCUCAGAAUUUGAAAUGUCAGUCACUAAAAACAGCGUUACCAACUCACAUUUAAGUCGGCCAGCGGUAUCACAUCGUCGACACGUGGUUACAGCCGUGAAGAUCCAGUGGCGCGCACUUUUGCUAGCAGUCAAUGCUUUGAUCGCGUUUUUAUUUUAUUGGAUCUUUUACCUGAUACAAUUUCCCAAGCUGGCUGAUCUGCAAAACAACAAGGAAGUGUUGGCAGAAUGGGUAACUUGUAUGAUGACCAAACAGGAUCAAAACUAUUGCGCAAGUGUUAUUAGUAGCAAGCUACCACCGUUUCCGCUGAUGAUCUUGGCGGAGACUUGGAUUUCUACCAUCGGAAUCGUGGUGUUCAUCAUUUUUGGAAAGCGAUCCUUGUGGCGUGAAUGGAACGACUGGAUCUACGAGAUGCGCAUGCGGUUCAAAAAUAAGAAGCGACAAUACCCCAAACAUGAAGAUCAAUUUUUUGCAUUGUAA